UUUUUUUUUUUUCUUUUUUAUGUGCCACUUAGCACCAAAACCUUCAGUCUCUUGCUGUUUCUUUGCUUAUCAAUUUGAAACUCCUAUGCCUGGCUUUUAAGAGCCUCUAUCCUGGCUGUCCUUUUUAAGGCAGUAUAUUUUCUGUUUUGUUUUUUUAACUAGUAGUCAUGUGUAUCCGUUAUUAAGCUCUUUUCGUCUCCAAACCCACCGUUUUAUACCAAGCUUUGUGAUGCUAGAGCCGAGAUUCCGCAAGCACAUUUCAUCUUUGUCAGCUGCCCCCUGUUAGGGGGCGCUGGAGGGAGACUGGAAGACUGAAUAACAAAGAAGAGAUUGCUCCUUCCUGUUUAUUUAUGGAACUUUCUGGAAGCUUCCUGUCAGCUUGCAGUUUUUCUAAGGGGGUCCACAAACACUUCUUCACCUCAGCAGAGGCAGUUCCUUUCCGCAGCAGCUCAUUCAUUUUGCAGCUUUACCAGAACUUGGAGAGCCAGCUUCAUUGUAUCCCCUCUCUACCCCCUCCCUGAGGCGUCAGUGCCAGCUGGACACUUUUCCUCAGGUAUGAGUUUCAGCUCCAUACUAUAAGUUUUUAAGUUUAAUAAUUCCACCUCUUCCCUUUGUUCCCUCAUUUCUAGGAGUGGAAACCUAAGUAAAAAAAUAUUUUUAAUUAAAUUCUGUGUAGACAGCUGGUAUGUUUUCUGUUCCCCAACUUGAACCUGACUGGGUAGUCCAGGAGACAAAUCCUUAAAGAUGUGAUUUGUAGAUUAGUUUGGGUUUGAAUGCAGAUCUGAGCUCCUCACCGAAGAAACGGGAUGCCUGCGAUGCCCAGAGUGGUGGCAUGAUGAAUCAGAUUAUCCCCUCCGGCUGAGGGCUCAAGUGGCUGCUACACUUGUUAGGCAGUAGCGACGAUUAUGCGGACUACAGUGUGGGGCGGGUACUUCCAAGUGCCUGGGAGCACUUACAGAAGAACAUUACAAGCUUAGGUCUUUGAACAUUCAGCUCAGGUGGUGGUCAGAGAACAGUGAGCUUUCCUAACAGCCCUAACGAAUCUUCUGUCUCGUAGUCAGAGGGCUGAGGUAGCUGAAUAUUAAACAUUCAGUUGUGCAGUUGCAGAAUUGCAACAUUAGUUGAAUUCAUAGCCUCUUGAAGUCUUACGUGAAAGGAUAUUGAUAGAGAAAGAAGCUAGGAGUGGGAUGUCUGUUUGUACUCUGAUGAAACAGAAAAACUCAAUUUCCUUGUCACUCUGAGCCUCCCUUGCCUGGGAGAAGCAGUUUGCUUCCCUGCGUCUGAGGAAACUGGUCUUUCCUUGCUUGAAAACACUGUAACAAUGUCACCUGGAGCAGGUUCCAUUCUCAAGACUCAGCCAACUGCAUGUUCUCUGACCCACUUGGUACCAGCCACCCCACCACUAGGAUCUCCUCAUACUCUGACGGAGAAAGCACGAACUCCCCACUGAAGAGGAAAUAGCUUAUAGAGCAAAAGAACUGCAAGGUUUUGCUCAUACAGGGAGAAGCCUAGGGAAUAUGUGUGGAAAUACUUGCUGAGAACGUGAGAUGAAGGAUGGACUAUAACAACAGCUUGGGCCAGAUUGACUGGUUUGGGUGCAUUUACGUGUCCAGGGUCCGCUGUGUUAGCACGUACAGCGGGACAUGGCUCCGGAGUCGCUGAGCUACGACAAACUCACUGCUGGCCUCCUUGGAAUGAAGCUUCCCUGGCAUUAUGUGGAGGGAAUCCAAAGGCUUAGGGAGAUAAGAGUGUUGGAUUAAACAUAUCUUGUGUUACCUGCAUACUGCCCCUCACCUUCUCCAGCUACUCAGCUCCUCCCCUGAGAAGACCAGAUGAAAACAACUAACAUUUAAUAUUCCACAAUUUCUGAGGGUCAUGAUUGGCUUAGCAGGGUAGUUGUGGCUCAGGGUCUUUGAUGAAGCUGCACUCAGGAUGUUGGCUGAGGAUGCAUUCUCUACAGACGUGCCUGGGGCAGAAGGAUCUGUUUCCAAGAUGGCUCACUCACGUGCUCUUGGCAGGAGGCCUCAGUUGCCACAUGAGCCUCUCCAUAGCAGUUUGCGUGUCUUUGUGUUAUGGCAGCUGGCUUCUCCAGAGCAAAUGGCCUAAGGAGAGAAAGAACGAGGCAGAAAAGUGACAAUGUUGUGGCCUAGCCUUGGAAGUGAGGUCUUAUUCUAUUGAUCACAUAGACCAACCAUGACACAUGUUGGAGGAGCCCGCCAGGGCAGGAGUAUCAGAGGCAGGAACCACUAGAACUAUGUUGAGAGCUGGCUGUCACAGCAGCCUUGCUUUCUACCAACCAACUUAGCCACCUUUCUGCUCCAUAGAUACUUGUCAGGCUUCUGGGGACUGGGCUCACGGAGCCAGUUCCAGGUUAGCUUAGGGGAAAUUUGGUUUAUGAAUCUUGGGAAUAUGUUGAAGAGAUGGGCUAAGAACUGUGUGAAGAACCUCAAUGAGAGAAAUUAAUACUGUCAUUUUCUCCCAGCAUUGAGGGUCACAGUAGGACCAUGGAUCUGUUUGGAGACAUAGAUGACAUUUCUUCAGAGAGCGAUGGAGACAGCAAACAAACUAUUCCAGGGCAGCCUGCUGAUGAACUUGGACUGUCUCAGGACCAACAGGAGGAAAAGCUGACUUCUGAAACCAGAAUAGAAGUAGAAAUCCCCAGUAUCAACUCUGAUUUAGGAAAUGAAUUGUACUUUGUUAAACUACCUAAAUUUCUCAGCAUAGAACCCAAACCUUUCGAUCCUCAGUAUUACGAAGAUGAGUUUGAAGGUGAGAAAGUGCUGGACGAAGACGAUAGAACCAGGCUAAGAUUAAAGGUAGAAAAUACAAUAAGAUGGAGGAAACGCCGGGACGAGGAAGGAAAUGAAGUUAAGGAAAGCAAUGCUCGGGUGGUCAAGUGGUCUGACGGGAGCCUUUCCCUGCAUCUAGGCAGUGAAGUGUUUGAUGUCUACAAAGCCCCGAUGCAGGGCAGUCACAGCCACCUGUUCGUCCGAGAAGACACUGGUCUACAGGGACAGGCCAUCUUUAAAUCUAGACUCACCUUUAGACCUCACUCGACAGACUGUGCCACACACAGAAAGAUGACCCUGCCACUGGAUAAGAGAUGUGCAAAGACCCAGAGGAUUAGAAUCUUACCAAUGGUCGGUCGUGAUCCUGAAUGCCAGCGCACAGAAAUGAUGAAGAAAGAACAACGUUUGAGGGCUUCUAGUCAUGAGACAAUCCAUCUGUGGGAGCAGCAGAACCAGCAGGGGCUGAGUGUCCCCUACCAGGACCCCAACAGUGUCCAUGAGGAGGAGGAGGGCCCCGAAGCCAUUAAAAGCCAUUACCAAGGAGAGUUCCACGAGGAACGAGCCAGAAUCUAUUCUUCAGACAGCGAUGAGGGAUCAGAAGAAGAAAAGGCUUAAAGGUUACUGAGACCAAGGAAACUGACCAGUGCUGAGGAGGUGAGGCCUCCAGAAAGAGGAAAGCAGUGGGUGAAGAGGAAGAAAGUGACUGAAGUAUGAAAUGUGCCCUCACUAUAUGCGUUGUACUGACCCUUGAGGAACACAGGUUUGAACACGGGUCCACUUACAGUUUUUUUUUGUUUUUUUUUUUUAUAAAUAUGGUACAGGGCUGUAAAUGUAUUUUCUCUUCCUUCUUAGUAAAUUUUCUCUAGCUUACUUUAUAUAAUACAUUUAAUAAGCAAAAUAUGUAUUAACUGUUAUCACUAAGGCUUCUGGUCACCAGUAAGCUAUUAGUAGUUAAGUUUCUGGGGAGUUGACAGUUACACUUGGAUUUUCGACUGUGCAGGGAGUUGGCGCUCCUAACCCCGUUAUUCAAGAGUCAACUGUAUGUUGUUUUCAACAGUUUGUUUUAAGGCAAUGGUGACAUGACUUGUUUUGAUUGAAAUGAUGGAGUGGCUUUUGCAUAAUCCUGGUUGUGAAUAAAAAAUGUUUAGCAGCAAGUCUGUGAUUUCAGAAAAUCCAUUUUUCCCUAACAGGCAGCUUAUUUUGGUAACUGUUCUAGGUCUUAGGUUUUUGUGCAUUUUGGCCGCUCUGCCCCACCUCUUGCUCCUGGCUGGGCCCAGAGGUGGGCUUUGGUUCAGGUCAGGUAUUGCUUCUUCGGGGAUAUCCUUCUGUCCUGCCUGGGUUUGCAGCCCUUCUGUGCUUUGUUAUUUAUUGCCAUGGGCAUGGAACUAACUCCCGUUGACCGCAUGGCCCUGUGGUCUCGUCAGAGCAGGCACAGCACGGGAAGGCUCCCUGGACACGGGCUCUGCCACGUGCCGUACUGGCCCUACCAAUUCUAAUCCUCAGAACGACUUGAAAGGCAGGU